AUGAGUUUGAAAAUUUUUCCGACAGAUGCAAUGUAUAAACUCGGAAGUGGCAGCAUGCAAAGCUGCAACUAUGACUUUUCUUUACUUCCAGAAUCAAUUUAUGAUCCAUUCUUCAAUACAUUGCCUAAUAUGAUCUACAAAAAAGUUGAAAACAUUUGUUUUACAUGUACAUUUCAAAGGAAGUUCAACACAUCAGAAAAAAUCGAUUUGACAAAGAAAAGAAUACUUAGUGAGUCAAUUGCAAUAAAAAAGCCACAAUUUAUCAAAUAUUUAAUCAAAAUACUCUCAAUUAUGCUACCAAAAGCUAAAAAUUUGAAAUCAUUACAUUUCGUGAAUAUAGAUAUUCCUUUAGACCAACAAAGAAUUCUAUUUGAUGCAAUAUCAAAAUGCUCAACAUUAGAACUAUUAUCAUUCAAAAGAAUUGAAAUCUCGGACACUAAUUUUCAAUUACUUUUACGUAGAAUCACUCCAUAUCAAUAUUCAAAUUUAUCUUUUACGUAUUGCAGCAUUACAGCAAAUUCAUUCCAACCAAUUUGCGAUUUUAUACAGCAGCCACCACCUUCACCUGGCAAAAGAUUCAAACUCAAAGUUUUAGAAUUAGAUAAUUGUAAUAUUCCAGAAUCAAACAUCGAAAAGAUACAGAACCUACUAGCAAUGAUCAAUGGAGAAGAGGAUGGCAAGAGUUUCUUAGAACCACAACGCGAAUUUAAUAUAGAAUCAUCAACAUUUGAUGCAAACGAAGAAGAAAGUGAUCCAACAAUAGACAAUGAGUCAUUGAGCUCAGACUUUACAUAUAAACCUCCGCGAGCGUAUUCUGUUGCCCACUCUAUCAGGAGUUUAACGUUUAAAGACAGAUUGAAAAUUUCAAAAAUUGAUGACUUCGAUUCUUCCAAUUCAGAUUCACAAGGAAUCUUAGUUAUUGAUAACGAUCGAGAUGAUUAUCAACGUAGACGCGUACCCACAGAGUUUGACUUCGAAAAAGCUCGUUUAACUUAUAAUUAA